UGACGUCACAGUGGGCAGGGCGGGCCUGCCACUGGCCUCACGUUCCGCUGGUGGGAGUAGUGGAGGGAGGAGGUGCCAGUUUCUUGUUUGAUCCAAAGUUGUCCACUUGGAGUGUAAGAGGGACCAGUGGAGGGGGCUCGGCUGGGGACAUGGUCGCCAGGUUCCCUUGACCCCCUCGUCUGUCCUUCGACUGCUACAAUGAGAUACGCACCAGAAUUCAAAAAAUCCCCCUCACACCUCCUGAAGAAAUUUGCAGUGUGUGACAUUCCUCUUUACGACAUCUGUGACUACAAUGUCACCAGGGACCGCUGCAAGGAGCUUGGGUGCUGCUUUUACAAAGGCGUGUGCUAUGAGAAAGCAGUCCCCAUUUAUGUGCAGGUGUUCUCUGCCCUGAUCGUGAUCAUCGCCGGGGCCUUCAUCAUCACAAUCAUUUACAGGGUCUUUCAAGAGCAUAAGAGAGAAAAGGAGGUCCCCGCGGGUGUCCCUCUGUCAUCCAAGCCCAGCAAGAGAGGCAGGGCAGCCCCAUCCAGUGAGAAGCUGGCGUCCAAGACAGAGGGGUUGGGGCCGUCGUCCAAGACUACGGGCAGCAGCGUGGAGGACGUGAUUGUGACAAUAAUGGGGGAGAAAGAAGAGAGUGAGGACUGAGGGCACGACGAAGCCAAGGUGAAGAUCGGCAGAGACGUCCACCUGAAACGGCCUCCUGGCGAGCCACCAAUGCAGUGUGUGAUGGGAAGGGCACAAUGAGAAAACA